AUGGACCCCGAUCAGACUUCCAAGGCCGCGUGCCAGCAACGCAUACGGACGUACGGACGUGGACUAAUAUGCGGCAUGAUGCAGAUGAUGUACGUCUCUGGCGAGACUGGAGAGCCUCCAGUGGAGACGACGGGUAUAAUGGAGGACAUUGUACGGCAACAGGUGAUCGAAUUGCUUCGUACGUGUACUGAGCUCGCAUUCCGUCGCGGAUCCAAGUCAAUCAGCAUCAACGACCUAAUCUUCCAGAUCCGGCACGACCAGGCCAAGGUGUCGCGUCUGCGGACGUUCCUCUCGUGGAAGGACGUCCGUAAGAACGUCAAGGACUCGGACGACAAGGGUGCGGACGCUGACCUGGCAGCGGGCGACGAUCCGACGGGGGGCGUGGUGGGCGGGGGCGGCGCACCGGUGGACGAGGCGGCCAAAAAAAACAAGAAGUCCAAGAUCGGCCUCCCCUGGGAGCACGCGUCGCUGUACCCGGUCGAGGUUCCGGAGCGCGAGGACGAGGAGGACGAGGACGAGGACGAGAUGAAUCUCAUCACGCUGCAGCGCCUGCGCCGCGCCGACGAGCGCACAAAAGUCAUGACCAAGGAGGAGUACGUCACCUGGUCCGAGUACCGCCAGGCCUCCUUCACCUACCGCAAGGGAAAGCGCUUCCGCGAGUGGGCCGGUUUCGGCGUCGUCACCGACAGCAAGCCCUCGGACGACAUCGUCGACAUCCUCGGCUUCCUCACCUUUGAGAUGGUCCAGGUCCUCACCGAGGUAGCCCUCAAGGUCAAGGAGCAGGAGGGCCUCGCCAGGUCCCGCUCCGGCGCCGCCGACGGCGAUGAGAAGACGUCCAAGAAGCGGAAGCUGCACCAAGGACUUUUCGACCCCCCCGGAGAGGGCAGGCGGCCCAUCGAGCCCAGGCACGUCCAGGAGGCCUUCAGGCGCUUCCAGCAGCGUCCAAAGAAGUCCAGGGCCAUGCUCAACACUACCAAGAUAAUACAGCAUACCUCUCUCAACAUCAUCUGA